AUGACUGACAGUAAUAUUGAUACCGCCGCAUCAGCGAGUAUAGAAAAGUCUUCAAUCUCUUCAUCACCCUCGUCCAAACAAGCACCAAACCCCACUGAAGCUCCAGUCGAAUCAACGGCGAAACUCAAACAAGUAAUGGGCCCUCCAGCGCCAAGGCAACCGAAUAAACUCUUAUCUCCAGAUGAAGCUCAUAUUGGCCGUCAAGCUCAUAUUGCUCCUCCUAUAAAUCUAAACGACGACAUCAACGACGAUGAGGACGAUGACGAUCAAACAUCAUUCCCAGCACCAAAUAGCAACCAACGUGCUGCUCCAGCCUCAAAUCAACGUGAUAAUAACACCGCCAUGGCACUUCCAGGCCGCAAGAAAGUCAACCUGACACCAGGACACUCGCCAUUAGACUGGGCCAAACUGAAAUCGGGUGGCAGUAAUUUACGCGGUAUAGAUACGCCAGCUUUAUUGAAGAUACCAAUGUCGGAAUUGUCGCGACAUGCCACACGGGAUGAUUUAUGGAUUUGUGUGAGGGGUAAAGUGUUUAAUGCUACGCCAUAUGUGGACUUUCAUCCGGGGGGUGUCAAGCAGCUGUUGCGAGGUGGUGGCAUUGAGUCGACUGCAUUGUUCAAUAAGGUGCAUCCGUGGGUGAAUAUAGAUAUGUUGAUGGAUAAGUGUCUUGUGGGGUUUCUGGUGCCAGAGGCUUGA